UUUAUAGGUCGGGUCAAGUGGAGUUGAGGUAGUCAAAUGUAGAAUGGAGUUUGGACGAACAUUAAUGAAAAGUUGAGUCAAUAAUGAGGCGCCACAAAACAAAGGAAUCUAAUAACUAGACGUGGCCAGCAAAACGUGCCUAUAAUGAAACUUUAAAAAAUUAUUUUUGAAAAAAAAAACAUAAAAAAACACAACAACUUGUUAAUGAAAUGCAUCACUAACGACUGGUUGAGUGCAUUGAAAGGGGCGGCUUAGAUCCAUUCCCCCUUUUCAGUGUCCUUUCCCUUUCCUAAAACACCUUUAAAAAUAAAAAAUAAAAAAACAAAAUAAACGUUUCGUCUUCGGCCUCGGCCCAAUGUAGUUAUCUAAUGGGCCUUAAAGAUCAAUCCGAUACUCAAAAGUUUAGGCCCAUGAAAUUAUAGCCCAGCCCAAAGAAAGAAUUAGACAGACACACGUGGCAGGCGAGUGGAAUGCAAUGCGGUGGCGAUUCAUAAAACCGCCAUGAAAAUCAUGUGGACACGUGGUUUCAUAUUAAACCCCGAUUUCUAAAAAAAGGAAAAGGGGGAAACGAUUUAGGGCAAUAGGAAUUUGGAUCAGAGCACAAAAAUGGAGACUAACCAGAAGGUGGAGAUGGAGAGGGAGCAGCAGAGGCGAGAAGAAACGAAGAAGCUAGAGCAAGAACCACCGCACUAUAUAUCCCCGAUGCAGCCAUUGACGGAAAGUGCUUACGGCGGAGGAAUGUACGGCGCCGAGGAAGGCCAACAGCAAAGCCUACAGAAGAAGCCCGCGAGCGACACACAGAGUGCCGACGGGCCUGUAGAAUCGGGAAUGAAGCCGAAGCACGCGCCCCCGCCAUCCUCUGGCGAUAGAGACAUCGACAUCACUGGGCAAUCGUAUUUCCAGUAGCCUGCAAGGUUCGUGGCUACCGAUUGCCUUUCGUAUGUGUGUAAUAAUGGCGAAAGGUAGUUCGAAUGUUGUAAUCUGUUUUCUUUUUUCCUCUCAAUAAUGCGUUUCCGAGUACUUUGAAGGGCAAAUAUGGUAUUUUACCAACCGGUGAUAGUUAGAUUUUAAUUUAGUGAACAUCCUUAAUAACGGUACUACUA